CUGCGACAGAUAAGGCAACCCGUCACUCAUAUCUCAAUGGCCGCCAUCAUGAGCAUCAUAGUUAUGGCUACAGUGUAUGUGUGCGAAGAAUAUAGUGUUUGUAAACACGGCUACAUAAAAUUUUGGCGUUGAUGUACGGGACCAGUAGUAACAUUUGAACAUCCUAGUAAGACGGAAAUUGACCUGAAAACUAUAAACGUUUUGCUCAACCACAAUUUAUCAGGUCUAUAACCACUUCUGCUACGAAUUGACCAUCCACCUGCCUCUCAUCAACUGCAACAAAGUUUACGCUGACCAGAUGUUUCACAGAAAGACAUUCUUCUUAUAUGAUCUCUACAGUAUAACCUGAAAUCUGCAGAAUUUUUUACAUCGUAACAAUCGCUACUGUUGGAGGUGCACAUCAAGACCAUUGCUUGCCAUGUGUGCCUUUUGUGGUGCAAACCGCAAGACGUCUGCAAUUCUACACCAGAAGACAUUCUUAUUGCUACUCAAAUGUAGGAUAACCACCUUCCAACCUAAGUAAUGAGCCAGCCACUGUUUGACCCUUCACCUCUCAUCACAAGUCAUCACAAUGUAGUCAUGGCUGCAGGGACUGACAGUGUUGAUGCAGUGGACCAACCUGUGACAAACGGGGAUGUGAAGAGUCAAAGCAUUUCAGCUCAGAGCACUCACAUGUCUAUGUCACACUAUCUUGGUCUACCCUAUCAGGAUCAUAAUUAUGGACAGCCUCCGCCACCUACACCACCUCAGUCUCCCCCACCCACCCUAGACGCCAUUCCUGUCCUCCCUCUCGCUACCAUCUAUGAAAAUGCUAAUCCCUCCUUCACCCCUCCAGAAGACAAUGCUGAGGUCCAGAAUAAUGAAGGAGACACAAGAUGCAUCUGUACCUUUGACCACGAUGAUGGCUACAUGAUCUGCUGUGAUAAAUGCACAGUCUGGCAGCAUGUUGAGUGUAUGGGACUAGACAGGAAUAACAUUCCAGAUGUGUACUUCUGUGAGAGAUGUGAACCAAGGAUGGUGGAUCAACAAAAGGCCCUUGAAUUGCAGACCAUCAAGCGCAAACACAUUCUUGAACGAUUAGACAGCAGUGAUGAUGACAGCAAAAGGAAGGGCAAGAGGGCCAGAUACUCGUCCAUCUCCAACACCCCAACCAGUCUCACUCUCACCUCAACAAAAGGAAAGAACAAAAUGAAGAAGAAAAAGAAAAAGAAAGAAAAGGAAAAGGGCAAGGAAAAGGUGAAGGAAGAGGAGAAAGAUCAGAGACAAGAAAAACAUCACAAGAAAAAGAAAAAGAAGAAGCAGUUUGAUUUGACUUUGUCUUCACAGAGAAAACACAGGAAGAAUCGAGGAAGGCCAGAGCCAGGAAUUGGGGAUUUGCUUCUCCAUGGAGAGCAAAUAUUGGAAAAUUCAGACCACUUUGUAGAAGCGACAGAGAAUCAGUACAGCCUGGAAUUGAACCAGUACCUCUCUGACCAACGCCAGAAUGCAAUGUGGACCAUGCCAAGCCUGGGUUGCAUCAUGGACGAUCUCUCACCCCAGAAGAUCAAGCUGGGUGCUGCUGGAAGGACUGCACGUGGGUUGGUAGCUACCGAGGAGCUGGCUCCUAAUCAACCCAUCGUCGAGUACCGUGGUAUGCUCAUGCUCAGGGAUCAGUUUGUUCCUGCCAAUGGAUGGACCAAAAAACCCUACCUGCAUGUACUGAUGUACACAAAGUUCAGCAACAUCGAGCUCUGUGUUGAUGCAAGGAAAUAUGGGAAUAUUGCACGAUAUGUGAGGAAGUCAUGCUCUCCAAAUGCUGAGGUUCGACAUGUAGCUAUUGAUGGUCUUCUGAGGCUCUACCUCUUCUCACUGGUUGAGAUCACCAAGGGAAGUGAAGUGACUGUGGCUUUUGAUUACAGCUACAAAGACUGUACCCAUCCUGUGAAAUGUGCUUGCUCUAAGAAGAACUGUCCUGUCAAGCGAUACUGGAGGAAGCGCCGAUCAUUGGAGGCAAGGAAUCAGAAGAAACCUGUCACCAAUGUUGCAGAAACAGCAGAACCUUCAAAUAGAACUGUAUCCCCUCUUCUUGUCUCACUGCCGGCAGCAAAUGGUCCUGAGAAACAAAUUGAAGAAACCAUCGAGCACAAGGAUGUACCUAAAGUAGGUCAAGAAGAAAAGCCCCCCACAACCAUCAGCAUAUCCCAUCACAAGAGUAGGUCAAACAGGAACUCAACUGAGAAACCAACCAAAGAGGUUGUUGCUGCAGAUCCUUCAUCAGACAAUGAACACAAAGACAAGGUGGAUGUGGAGGCUGUAGACCCUCUCCCACUACCUCAAGAUCCUGGCACGGGGGAGGACGUCAAUACAGAGAGUAGCGAACCUAAAGAGGACUCUGCUAAGUCCAGGUCAAAGAUGACCAGGGAAGAACGCAAGAUGGAAGCCAUUAUGAAAGCGUUUGCAAAGAUGGAGAAGGCACAGGAGAGAAGACAGCAAGCUCUUGAGAGGAUAGCGCACUCAAAACCAGAAGAUGAUGAUAUGGUAGGACAGGAAGAUAAAGAUCAGAGCAACAAAUCGGACCAGCAACAGCAGAGUUCAUUAUCAGGCAAAAAGGAGACGAAUGAAGUCACAAAGAGCGACUCCGGAAAGGAUGAGCAAUUCAAGUCCAGCGAUGCAACAACCAAAGAUGAAUCAUCAAGCAAUACUGUAGCACCGAUAACAACUCCUCUUCCAACCAGAAAACCAACAAGAAGGAGGAGAAGAAGUACCAUGAGCAGUCGAAGAAGACACCGGUCUAACAGUAUCACAUUAUCAGCAUCAGCCUCAGCUAGCGUAGAGGUCUCAUCCGCUGACGACGAUUCAAAUCAAGCCCCUCCUACGAUGAUGUGGACAGAGAAGAGUAACUAUCCAUCAACACCUCUCUCUAUCUCAACCAGCAUCAAUCACCAGGAUAAAUCAGGAGAAUCUCCGCUGGCCUCACCGGGUUCAUCAAGUAGCAAGAGGUUCAGAUUUCCCAAGACAAAGAAGUUCUUCAUGAAUGAAUGGCUGAAUGAGAAAGCUUUUGAAUCCCUGGCUGGAAAGCCUCUCACCAUCAAGACAGAUCAGUUGGACCUAUCCUACUCCAGUAAUCUCUCAUCGCCAAACACUCCUCUGCUACAGCGAUCCGGUUCCAUGUCAGCUCUGGUGAAAGAGACGAGGAAUAACCCUCUCGAGUCAAGUGGUGGACUUGCAGGUUCUGCAAAAAAGCGAUGGUUACGGCAAGCCAUGAGUGAAGGAAACAGCAACCAAGAACCAGCCGCCACGUGUAAUGGUACAAUCAGUCCCAUCGCAAGUCCGGCCCUCUCUCCGAAUACGAGUGCUUCGAGUGAUCUGAUGACUCCAUUGAAGAAGCGCAUGCUACGGCAUUCCUUGGCAGAAGAAGGUGCAUAUGGAGGUUCAUCUCCUAAGCACGAGCCCAGGACUGCCCAGGACUCAUUACCAGCACCAGCUAUUCCUGCGGUGAAUCAGGAUGCCCCUCCGUCUGAAGAGCCCCCUAUUCUUAUUCAGGCCAAGGCAGAACUUGAACCUGUACAAGAAGAGGACUCCUUGUUUGUGACAUGUUCUGAAAGGAUGAAGAGUCAGUUUACUCUUACAUUCCCUCUACCAGCCAGGAAGGAUGUGAGAAAGAACUCAUCCAUUGACAGCGGGCUGUCUGUCACCACACCCGCUGAGCUGGAGAAGUCGCCCAUCACCAUCAAAGCUGGUCUAGAGGAGAGGUUAAGAGAUUUUUCAGCGGAAGUACCUACAAGUCAGAUGGCAUGCAAAGAGGCAUCAUCUGAUCUUGAGGCUAAGGCAGCAGAAUGUCCUGUUGAUGAUGCCAAAGACACAAAUGCCACUGUGUUGGCUGUAGACAACAAUAAUCUUGUCAAGGAAGAAUCAGUGAAGGAACAGGAUGAUAGCAAAGAAGUGAAAGGAAGUGAAGAAGAGAUGAAGGUGGUUGAAAAGGAAGAGAAAGUAAAGGAUGAAGUAGAUGGAAGUGUGAACAUGGAAGUAGAUGGAAGAACUAAGUCUCCAGUGGUAGACCCAAUUUUGGAGACCAAUAUAACAAUCGAAAGUGCUGUUGACACUUCAGCGAAAGUUCCGACGACAAAACAAGAGUGCUCGGCAGGUUCCAUAGAAUCACGUGAAAUGAAAAAUCCUGAACUCUUAGAUGAGAGCAAAAAUGAUGAUUUAGUGGACAAAUCCAAAGAUCUAAAGAAUAGAUUCUUGACUAAUGUGACCAAGAGUGAUCUUAACUCUCUAUAUGUAAAUAGUUUCAGAACACGGCAUGUUUCUGGCCCAGGAGCCAUGCAGGGACGUAUAAAUGAAUCUGGACCUCUCACCUUGACUACUUCCUUUGCUGAUGAUAGCGGUGUUUCAUCUAGCAGCCUCUACACUCCUUUCUCGCCCAAAAAGCGUCUUCUUCGACAGAACACGGAUCCCAAUGAGCAGCGCGAUGCUGGGCUCUCAAUGGCUAACUCUUGGCCUCGGCAAAGCUUUGCAUCACCACAGAGAUUCAUCAGUCCCAAAGAUGAGUCUCAUGGACCAAAUCCACAACAAAAUCUUUUGCACAGAGAUACUGUUACACCUAGUAGUGUUGGAGCUUCAAGUCCAUUACCUGCGCAGGGAUCACCCGAUAGGUUAUCUGCAUCAUGGGGACCAGGUUUAAGACCCAAUAUCAAUGGACAAGGAGUAGCACCCAGGAACAUAGAGCCAGGAACAACUCCAUCACCAAGUCCAUCUCCUGGAAUUCCUGUCCCUAGUGCACCUGCUCAAGGUAUUGUCAAACCAGGGACCCCUCCGCUUUCGGCUGUCAGGAAUCUAGGAAACUCUCUAUCUGCUGCUUCAGAGGGUAAUCAGGAAUCAGCAGAGGUUCAGACUUCACAAACUACAAGUAGUGUAUUACCAAGUAGUGCAACGAGUGGCACAGCAAGUUCUGAAGAAAGUGCACCAAACUCUGCACAGUCUACACCAAUCAAGAAGAAGGUAUCUUUACUGGAGUACAGGAAGCGUAGAGGCUCAUCUGUGAAACCAGCAUCUUCUUCCUCCUCCUCUUCCUCCUCCACCAGCACCACGGCAACCACACCCAGCACCUCUAUCACGGCAAGUCUCGUACCAACCUCUACCACAGGCUCUGGAAAGUUACCCCCAAUCACCCUCCCCAACAUCCCUCUACCAGAUAUCCCGUCCGCAGACCCUCUCAAGGAUGAACCUGGCAAGAAGUCAUCCAAGGCUCCUACCAAAACUUCAACUUCCAGCCCAUCAACAACAAACCCCUCACUGAAGACAGGGGCUAAAGUCGCCUCCUCUCCCAUGAAAGGAGAUGGUGGAAGCAACGGAAAGGCUGGGAAACCAGGCUCCAAACCUUCUGGGUUUGCCAUAUUCAGUACUAAGACCAAAGAUGGUCAGACACCCACGUUAACGCUGACCAGUGAGGCCCAACAGGUCAUUAACUCCAUUACUUCUCUGCUGAUGGAGGAAUCACAUGUCAAUGGAGAUGUCAAGGACAAGAGUAUUCGAAGGUCCGAUAGUGUCCCAGGUGAAACAAGAUACUCCAGGAGGAACUACCAGGACGGUAGAGGUGAUGCAGCUGGGAGCCUCAAGAGACCCCUGUCCCCUGAACCUCCCCCUCCUCCACCAGGCAAGAAGCUGUGCACCGGCACCGUGCCCCCUCCUCCACCUCCAAAAGGAGCUGUCUCCAGAGAUGCAAGGCCACUGGAGAAUGGUCCUACAGUAACCCUGAGACAGAACAGUGCACCUGGAGGAUGUGUCCCUGGUCCAGUGGCAACAAACUCCCCUCUCAAGAACGUGUCUGGCAAUGCUAUUGUUCCCGCCCAGUAUGGAAUUGCUCAUCGAAACCAGAAUCCCCAAUAUCCAAUGCAGUAUGGUCAGCAGCCGCCACAGCAGCAGCAGCAGCCUCAGCCUCAGUUUGCACCGACUCCCUACCACCAGCAUCCAACACAACCACAAGCUCCACAACCACCACCACCACCACAACAACAACCCCAAGCAGCUAUCACCCAACCACAACAACAGCAGCAACCCGCAAGACCGGUACCACCACCAGUGCCCCCACCACAGAAACACACCAACUUCAACUACCAAUACAGCAACCAGACAACAGAGAAUGCCAAUGCUCAAGGAUUCCCUCAGCAACAGCAACGUACUGGCUACCCUCCUGUACCGUACCAUCAGAACCAAAACCAGAUCAGCAAUCACUUUGGUGUCCAGAACAAGUUUCCUACUAAUGGACGGAAAUCUCCUUAUGGUAGCCAGGACUCGAAUAGACAACAUACGUUCUACAAUAGGGGAACUAGUAAUGCAUAUCCAGCACGGAAGAAUUUUCAUUCAAAGUGAAGCCUGUCCAUUUUGGGAAAUAUUGAAGGUUUUUAGUUUGUAUAUAUUGUACUUUUCAUAGUUAAUGAUGCAAUCAGGGAUGACUUGGCCUCAUUGCUUAGAAAUACUAAACAUUGCAAUUUCCAUCAGUCAAGCCUAACUCUCCAUAUGUCCCAUCAGUUGUCAACUUAUCCGACAAUGGUAUUAUCUUCACCUUAUUUGGUGUGGAAGUCAUUUUGAAUUUGUUGUUGCUGUGUAUGGAUAUUUCACUACAGGGCCAAGCAAGAAGCUCUGUUGUGUUAGUGAAAUCAACUACAAAAAAACAGAGGAAACAAAUGAAAAGUAAAAACAGGAUACAGCUGUAAGAAGAUAACACCAGUAAUGAAACCAAACUGAUUUUAAUUGUUUGGCUGGUAGUGACAUAUAACAGCGAAUGCCAUUACUUACAUGCUCUAAUAUAGGUGGAAACUAAAAGAAAUGGGCAAAUGCCCAGAUAUACUCUGUUGCCAUUACUCAGCCAGCAGUCAAAGUCUGUUUGCAUAAUUCUUGCUGUCCAUCUUUUAUGACUUUCAUAUUACUCUCCAGUGGAUGGCAUAAAACAAGUAUUGUGAAGACGAGAUGAUAAGAGGGACUUGUUCUCAUGUAUGAUCACAGGCUUAUCUGACCCCUGUACUAGACUUCGGGGGACAAUUUUGAAAAACAUACUAAAAUUUUGCUUCACUUUGAAGUGUUUUCACAUGUAUGAUGCACUGAGAACUCUAUUUAGCGUUCUUUACAUAUUCGAUAAAGCAUCUAUGCAUCAGAAUAUGCAAUCUGAAUCUGCUUUCAUUGUACAGUCAACCUUUUGUUGUGUUAAGAAGACUCGAUUGCCAAGGCUUUCCUCUGGUGGAUGCAGACUUGUUCUUUUUGUUGAUGUUUUAGGGAAAGCUUAUUGUUCAGCCCUUUAUGUACCAAAGGCUUAAAUGCCAUUAGACAUAUCGUCUGCUCCCCGCAAGAAGGCGGCUACUGUCAUUGACAGUACCAGCUCCUAAAACCUUCUUGCAGGCAGCUGAUGAUAUGUUGGGGAAUCUUGUGAUGUCAUAUUCCAUUGAACACUUGUAUUGCUUUGUGGAUUCAGAAGAGAUGCAGUGUUUACGGUCAAGCUGGAAUAUUGACAUGCUGUCUGAGUCUGUCCAUUUGAUCCCAAAGAUCUAAGCAUUUUUGCCUACGGUACCAACAGGAAUAACCCUUUUCCGCUACGUGUACACUUCAUGUAUUUCUAGUGAUGGUUUUCAUUGUGUGUUAGUUUUUUCACCCCAAAAUAUCAUUUCUUUGAAUUGAAUAUUCAGGCAAACUAAUUUAUUUGUAUAAAGUCAGAGGAGAUCCUAUUUGUCAUUUGAAAUUUACAAAGAGUGACGCAUUUUAAUUGUGUAUAGUUUAUCUUUUAAUUGUGUUUUGAUGUUAUUGUCACAGCUUGGUAUUCUUUAGUAGGACUAUUUUCGUAUGUAUUACUAUGAUGUCACGAAAGAUUUUUCUGGUCCAGAUGGUAUUCAUAAAUUCUCUUUAAUUGUGUAUGUGUUACAUAUCUAAAAUUGGCUAUAGAAUCAUUUGAAUAUUAUUGAGUUUCUAUAAGAGAGAAGUUUGAUUUUUUUGGGGGGUGGGGUUGGGGGGGGGGGCAUGGCAUGACAUUUAUGUCAACUAUAACAAUGUCAUUAACCUUAAAGAAAAAGAAGAAUUGCAUCAGGCUUUGUUUCUUUGGUAGUACUUAUAUCUGCUUUUCAUUUCAUUCAUGGGAAAACUGGUACACAAUACAUAUUCAUUUUAAGAACAAGAACUUAUAUGUGAAUUUAAGAAAAAGGUAUAAUCAUUGAUAAUACUUUCUCUAUUUAUGUAAAAAGGCUAUUUCAGUCAAAUCAGUGCUAAACCAAAUUAAAGAAUUCCAAUUAUUCAAGGUAAAUUCUGCUACCAUUACUAAACAUAAUAUGAUAAACGACACUGAUUCAUUUAUUUUGAGAAAUGGAAUAGAUGACACUUUUUUUCUUUCUGUCUUAUUUUAUUACAAGGAACCUUUAUAUUUCUUCAUGGUUUGGGGUCUUUAAAACUGAUCUUCUUUUCAUGUCUGUGUAAAUGUAUAAAAUAUUCUUGCUGUAAUAGUACAGCUAUUUUUCCAAAAAGGUGAAGUUUUUGUUUCAUAUUAUGCAGUCUUCAAGACAGUGUUUUCUUGUUUGAAAUGAGAUUCAUGUUUUGAUUACCCAAGAAAAAAUAUGUUCCUUGCCGCAAACUAAGUGUAUAUACACUCCAUUGUAAUUAUGCUAGCAUCUGUAUAUAUGUAUUAUAAAUAUGUAUGCACUGUAAAUGACAUUCUGAAUGUAAAUAGUUUUAAAUUGUGUUUGUGUCUGUUUAUUUUGAUAUUGAUUGUAAAACUGUACUGUCUUUGUAUUUCUGUGUUGGAUAACUAUUUUUGUACCCGCAUUGAAUGUUCUGAAUAAGCCAUGUCCGUGAUAUUCUGCUUUUCUCAAAGUAAUUUCACAAUUCAGUCUACCAUCUUCAGUCUACAAUAACUAAAGUAGGAUAACAUCAUCAACUUGUUUCAAGUAUGUUGAAGGAUGAAAUUGUUUGAUUCUAUUUAUUUGGCGUGAAGUUUGUUCAAGUUGUCAUGGUUAAAAGUAAAAAAGUAAUGUUGAUUCUAAAUUAUUCCAUAGCAGCUUUCCUUUAUACUCAAUUGGAAGGAUACUCAUACUUGGAUUUUUUUUCUCCAUAGAGUUAGAUUGUACAAAGUGUACAUGUAUAUGUAACAUAAAUUGCCUUUUUGUCCACUGAGCUAGUAUGUAUUGAUAAUAAUUCAAAUUUCUUGGUCAUAUUAGCAUUAUUGCUGAAUGGCCAGGCAACAUAAAGAGAAUAAAUAUAUUGAAGACAUCAUAAUGUUUCACUAAUA